UCGCAAAGGGUGCCCGCGGGUUGCCGCGUUUUCCCGCCCCGCCAUCACUGGCCUUCUGCCUCUCGCCGCCCGGCGCGGCCGCGGGGCUGGGGCGGCUCAGACCGCCCCCCCGCGUCCCUCCCGCCGCCUCCGCGCAGCCCCGGCGGUGCGAGGCAUGAAGCUCAGCAAAGCCCAGUACGAUGAGAUAGCCCAGUUCCUGGGGCACGUGCAGCCCACCCGGCAGAGCCUGAGGAAGCUGAAGGAGAAGUUCCCUAGUCAAUCGCAGUCCACUCUGCUGAGCAUCUUCUCCCAGGAGUACCAGAAACAAAUCAAAAGAACACAUGCCAAGCACCACACUGCUGAAGCUAUUGAAACUUACUAUCAAAGAUACCUGAAUGGGGUGAUGAAAAAUGCAGCUGCCCCUGUAUUACUGGAGCUGGCCAAUGAGGUGGACUUUGCCCCAUCAUUGAUGGCUCGUAUUGUGUUAGAGAGAUAUCUACAGGAAAAAGAACAAGCCAUCCCAGUGACCUGGCUGGCCUUUGGCAAUGAGAUUCAAUUCACAUGGCUCUGCAGUCAAAUCAUCAAAUUUCCCUCCUCCAAAACUCUAAUAAAUAGUAUGCUACGGGACCCUUCUCAGAUUCCAGAUGGAGUUCUAGCAACUCAAGUCUAUCAGUGUACUGUGAAUGACUGUUGUUAUGGACCACUGGUGGACUGCAUCAAACACGCUAUUGGGCACGAGCAUGAAGUCUUGCUGCGAGAAAUGCUUUUGGAAAAAAAUCUCUCUUUCAUAGCUGAAGAUCAGCUUCGUGCAAAAGGUUAUGACAAAACACCAGACUUUAUUUUAGAAGUACCAGUAGCUGUGGAAGGACACAUAAUUCACUGGAUAGAAAGCAAAGCCUCAUUUGGUGAUGAAAGUAGCCACCAAGCCUAUUUGCAGGACCAGUUUUGGAGCUACUGGAACAGAUUUGGCCCUGGAUUAGUCAUCUACUGGUAUGGAUUUAUUGAAGAGCUGGACUGCCAUCGUGAGCGUGGUAUCCUGCUAAAAGACUGCUUUCCUACUGACAUUGUGACUCUGCGACACAGCAUGGCUCAGCACUGAUGUUGGGAGGAAGAGGGAAUCUCUAUUGAGGAAUUUUUCUCUUAACUGACUUUAAGGAAGAAAUCUGUCUUGAGCCCUGUAGGUAUCGUAGCAUGGAAUUUUCUGGCAUUCUGAAGUCUGAAAGAGCAACAUACAGGAGUUCUCUAUGUGGGUUAUGUCUGAAAAAGAUUACCAUCCUGGUGUUCAAGAAGGAGAAUU